AUCUUCAUCAGGCGCAUGCGUCCCUUAAUUUUCCCACGAGGAGAGACACCUCCCUCUUUUCCUUCCGCUUUGCUAGUAUUUUGGCCCGGGCGACUCGCCAUCGCCGUGCGGAGGCGUUCGCUAGUUGCAGUGAUGGCGACUGGAACGCCAGAUUCUCAAGCGCGGUUCGGUCAGUCAGUGAAGGGGCUUCUCACAGAGAAGGUGACCACCUGUGGUACUGACGUAAUCGCGCUCACCAAGCAGGUGCUGAAGGGCUCCCGGAGCUCUGAGCUGCUAGGUCAGGCAGCUCGAAACAUGGUACUACAGGAAGAUGCCAUCUUGCACUCAGAAGAUAGUUUAAGGAAGAUGGCAAUCAUAACAACACAUCUUCAAUACCAGCAAGAAGCUAUUCAGAAGAAUGUUGAACAGUCAUCAGAUCUACAGGACCAGUUGAAUCAUCUGUUGAAAUAGAAUACAUGUAAGAGUGCUGUAGCACUCCUUUGCCUAAUGCCGAGGAGUAAAUACCUUCACAACCUUGUGCUCUGGGUUUGGCUUUCUAUUUUCUUCUCCAAAGUUUAGUUAGAAAAGUUUUGUGUUGAUGUACAGUUUCUCCUAAAAAGAAGCGAGGUGGUUGAAUUUUGGAAGCACUUCUUGAAUUGGGCUAACCCAUGCUCUUAUUGAAUUUUUUCAGCUGCUUUGUUUAGUUUGAUAUUAAAGCAAAAUUAAAAGAGUUUUCCCAUAGAACUUUUAAUAUGUCAAAAGCUAUAUUGUCAGGCCAGGCACGGUGGCUCACGCCUCUAAUCCCAGCACUUUGGGAGGCCGAGGCGAACAGAUCACAAGGUCAGGAGUUCAAGAUCAGCCUGACCAUUAUGGCGAAAUCCCGUCUCAACUAAAAAAAAAAAAAAAGGCUGUAUUGUCUACAUUGCAGUACUUAAGGAAAUAUUGAGUAAUGUUUUAAAGUCAGAAAUAGAGCUUCUAUUAUAAACACAAGAAUGAUUUUUUUUCUCUUAUUCAUUAAGGAAAUAUCUUAAUUUCAUGGUCAUAUAAUGGUGAUAAGUAAUACCUGAUUGUUUCCUUUUCUGUUCUAGUAACUCAGAGGUUUUAUUUGUGAUAGCAAAUUCCUAAAUGAACAUUAGGCAAAUGGUAUCACUGUCAGGCCAGCUGCCGCCGCUUGCCUUGACCUGCAUUCCUAGGAUUUCUUUGUUGCUGUAAUUCUUGAUUAAGUGACCUUGGCUUUCAUUUUGUAAUUUUUCUAAUCAUCAGCACAUUCACUUGUAUGACGUUACUGCCAAAUAUGAAGGUAGUUGAAUUAUUAUGAGUGAUUGCAGCAUAGGGUCGUGCCGUGGUGAAGACUUUGAUGUUUAUCUGUGUUCAUUGGAUCUAUCUUUUAAAAUGACAUUACCAUGAAUCUGUUGUCAAACUUGAAUAUCUUUGUUUGAAUUUAAAAUGGGACUGUAUAUUGUUCUAGUUAGGUCUUCAUUUACUGAGGGAUUGAGAGAAAUCUGACAUAAGAAAAUGCUGUUUUCACUGCAAAAACAAAGAGGAAGUAACAGUGAAUCCAAUGUAGUUCAUGUUGUUAUUGUCCAAUCAUCAAGUCGACUAAGCAUAUCAAAUUACAUUUAGUUCUCAUACAUAUGGAUAUUAACUUAAGGUUAAAAAGCUAGAUAUGAAGGAUCUGAAAAGGCAUUAAUUUAUGUAUUAAUUCUAUGAACAUGUAUUAAUAAUUACAGUAUUGUUAAACACAGAUUGACUCAAUUUACCUUUGAAAAGAAAGACCACUCAUUUAGUAAACAAAGCUAAGUCCAGUCAUUGCAAGAAGCAAAGAAGUACUUAAGUUGGAAAAAAAUUAAAAUGAAGGGAUGCUCUAAGUUUUCUUCAUGCUGGAACAAAUAUUAAAGAAGAAGUGAUUGCCUACAUUGUAUGUGAUAAAAUAUUAAUACCUUUCACAAACUUUUAAUAGUAAAUAUAAGAUAAAAUUUACAUUAAAUAAUGAAAACAUAUUUGUACUGAAUUUAAUCAACUUUAGAGAACAUCAUAACAAAAUACAAGAAAGAAAAGUAGCCAGAAAUGUGAGAACAGGUGGAAACGUAUACAUAAUCUGAUGGUUUGUUUUUAAUAGAAAUAAACAACAUACAUAGAAUUAAACAGUGAUCAACAACAUGGAAAAAAUACUUCAGUAAGUAACAUCUACAUUGCAGAGGAUGUGCUGGAAGAUAAUAUUUUUAAAAUACCCAAUGUUCAAAUGCCGUGCAAGAAAAUGAAUGUGAUAAUACCAAAGCAGUACUAUAAGAAAAUAAUCAUGCUUUAAAUAUCUGUAUUAGUGAUAGGGUGGAAAUAUUUUUGUUUUUUUAAAGGGAUAUAUAGGUAGAAUUUAGAAAGAAAUCAAAAUGGAAAUAAUAAAACUAAGCAUGAAUGACACAAAUUAGAAAAAAAAAUUAAGUAGUUCUUAUAGAUUAAAUUGGUAAAGUGUCGCCAUAAAACUACAAAUUGGUAAAUUUGUAGUUGAAUAGGCAAUAUUUAAAAUCAAUUAGAUUUGAAAAAGAGUUCUCAGUUUGCAGCUAAAAGUUCGAUUUAUAUAUGCCCAGCUCCUUCUAAAGAUAUAAAAUUGCAAAACUGACACUUAAAGGAGAAUAUUCCAGCUUGGUUAUGAGAAAUAACCCACAAAUUAAGAAUAACCAGUAAAAAUAGCAUUUGCUCAUGAAAGCUUUCAUGAGACUUUUCUAAACUGUCAAAGAACAUAUACUCCCAAAAUAUAGAAAAUGAUCAUAAGACACUACUCAUUUAAUGAAGUAAUUUUCAUUU